GUCCCGCCCGCCGUCCCCGAGUCGCGGUGCCCAGAGCUGCGAUCCGCGCGCCCCGCUCCGCCGCCGAGCUGGCCCGGGCCGCCAUGUCUCUGUGGAAGAGAACCGUCUACAAGAGUGUGUGCCUGUCCCUGGCCCUGCUUGUGGCCAUAACAGUAUUCCAGCGCAGUCUGACGCCCAGCCAGUUUCUGCAGGAGCCCCCGCCACCCACCCUCGGGCUGCAGAAGGCCAAGAAACCGAGUGGACACCUGAUGAACGCCGACAGCUUCUGGAAGAACCCAAAAGAUGUGGUCACUACCACACCCGUGGUUUCACGGAGACCCCAGGCCUGGGACGUGACCACCACUAACUGCUCAGCCAAUCUCAACUUGACCCACCAGCCCUGGUUCCAGGGCCUGGAACCACACUUCCAGCAGUUUCUGUUCUAUCGCCACUGCCGAUACUUCCCCAUGCUUCUGAACCAUCCAGAGAAGUGCAGCGGCGACGUCUACUUGCUGGUGGUUGUCAAGUCCGUCAUCACGCAGCACGACCGCCGCGAGGCCAUCCGCCAGACCUGGGGCCGCGAGCAGGUGUCGGCCGGCAGGGGCCGCGGCGCCGUGCGCACCCUCUUCCUGCUGGGCACAGCCUCCAAGCUGGAGGAGCGGGCCCACUACCAGCAACUGCUGGCCUACGAGGACCGCAUCUAUGGGGACAUCCUGCAGUGGGACUUCCUUGACAGCUUCUUCAACCUGACCCUCAAGGAGAUCCACUUCCUCAAGUGGCUCGACAUCUACUGCCCCAGCGUCCACUUCAUCUUCAAGGGAGACGACGACGUCUUCGUCAACCCCACCAACCUGCUGGAAUUUCUGGCUGACCGGCGGCCCCAGGAAGACCUCUUUGUGGGUGACGUCCUGCAGCAUGCGCGGCCCAUACGCAGGAAGGAUAACAAGUACUACAUCCCCGGGGUCCUGUACAGCCAGGCCAGCUACCCGCCCUACGCGGGCGGAGGGGGCUUCCUUAUGGCCGGCGGCCUGGCCCGCCGCCUGCACCAUGCCUGCGACACCCUGGAGCUCUACCCCAUCGACGACGUCUUCCUGGGCAUGUGCCUGGAGGUGCUGGGCGUGCGGCCCACGGCCCACGAGGGCUUCAAGACUUUCGGCAUCUCUCGGAACCGCAACAGCCGCAUGAACAAGGAGCCCUGCUUCUUCCGCUCCAUGCUCGUCGUGCACAAGCUGCUGCCCACUGAGCUGCUGGCCAUGUGGGGGCUGGUGCACGGCAACCUCACCUGCGCCCGCAAGCUCCAGGUGCUCUGACGCCGGCCAGGCCACCAGGAGAGACUAGGGCAUGUGCCCUUGAGCCCCGGGAGGCAUGAGGCCACAACGGCAAGGCCAGGGCACAGCCUUUGGUCCCCUGCGGGGAGGUGGAAGCGUGGGCCUUACAUGCCCCUGGGUGUGGUGGGGUGCAGGUAGCUGGAGCUGAGCCCUGGGAACAUCUGGAACUGCCCAGACUGGAGACGGUUCUCUGGGGAGCAAGGCCACUGGCCGCUGGCAGCCCUCCUAAGCUGGGUCUGUGGCCUGGCUCCCUCUGACUUGGUGGGAGGCCCUGGUGGCCUCUGAAGGAACCCUGUGCUCAGGUACCUGGACUAGACCUGCCCCUGGAUGGGUCUGUGGCUGCCCUCUCGUCUUCACAGAGAAGCUUCUCCUUCUCCUGUGAAAUGCCUCAGUCUCCCCAUGGGCCCAAGCAGCCCUUUCAGGAGAAGCUCAACCCUGUGCAGGCUCACAGGCCGCCCCCCCAGAGCCCCUGGGUCUCCUGGAGACCGAGCCUCAGAAGGCCCCCUGCACAACCCCACCCCCUGGCCCACCUGGGGUUUGGCUACUCAGUCUCUGCUCCCAGGUGGCUUCGCUCCUGGCUGCGUCCCGUGAUGCUCCCACCCGGCUCCUGUCUGUGUGGAAGCACGACCGGCUGCUCUGACUACCUCAGCGAUCCUCAGAACCUCUGGAUGCAGCCCCACCUCACCCCCUGACGCAGGGCCAGAGAGCAGUGCUCCGGCUCCGGCAGCCAUGGGGCCUCCCGACCAGCCCAAGCCGAGGGCCCUCCUGCAGCCCCGCCAGGCCUGGCUCCACAGCCGGAAACCAACCCGUUUGACCCUGGAAGUGGACAUUCCUCUAUUAAUGUGAAGUUUUAUUUAUGAAGAAUUUGGAGGGAGAAGGCGCCAGGCCUACAGAGAAGGUGGUUUUCUUCCCUUCCCUCUCCUCAUUUUAGCAAGACACUACCUGCCUCGGCCACUCUUGACCCCCCAGCCCCACCCCCUGCGCUGGGCAUCCCUGCGCCCAUCACAGCCCCCCCACCAGAGCCCUGCUCGACAUGCACGCUAGUUCUCCAGGGCCUAAGUAGACCAGCAUUUGCCCCCGUGAAGGGAUGGAGUGGCCCUCAUGGGCCGCCCCACUCAGGUUCAGUGUCCUUGGGGGUGGCUGCAGAAGGAUGCCACCUCGUAUUAGGGUCGAGUCACCUGGGAAAAGAUUGAGGGAUCAACUCUAUUUUCUCAAUAAAAGGGGACUGAUUUUUUUCUGGUAUGAAAGUUCCUGUGGCCAUUUCCAUAGAAGGGCCUGUCUGGGGCCAGGGUUGCUGGAGAUUUCUGAAGACACAGCUUGUUCCUUGUUCUUGGCUGGUGGGUACACAAGGACCCUUUGAGGACCUCAGAGGAGGUUCAGUGCCAGGAUGAAAGCAGAGUCAAAGACGCCCCUUGGGUGGCGGGGCGGGGUGCAAGAGAGACCUGUAGCUCAUAGAG